GCCAGGAAACGAGAAAGAAUAUUAGAAGAAUAUGAACAAAUUUGUGAAGUUUAUGAUUAUUAUGAUGAUUCUUCUAAAGCUCAAGAAUUAUCAAAAAAGGAUAUACAUCGGUUCAGUUGUGACUUUUCAUCAGAUAGUGAAAAUAUAAAGUAUGAAAAAUGGAAAGCUAAACAGGAGGCCAGGGAACGAGAAAGAAUAUUAGAACAAAAUGAACAAAUUUAUGAUAAUUUAUUAAGAGCAAUUGAAUACAGUGAUAAUCCUGAAGAAUAUUCUCUUAAUAAUUUAAAUUAUCGAGGCCUACGAAAUGGUCGAACACGAGAAAAAUUAGAAAUUGCUCAAAGAGAACGAUGUCAAGAGUUGGAGAAAGAAAUCAGAAAUAUAUUGGUAAUUGGAUACACGGGUAAUGGCAAGUCUACUUUGUGCAAUGUACUAGUCAAUAAAAAUAAUGAAUUCAAAGAAAUAUUUGAAGAGUCGAAUGGUAGUACGAGUAAAACUAGAAAUAUUCAAGCUGAGGUGUUUAAACAUAAAGGAAUCAAGUACCGAAUAAUUGACACAAUAGGAUUCGGAGAUACGAAGUUGAAACAAAGUGAAAUCAUACUUGCAAUUGCUGAGAGUUAUAAAAAUAUUGAAAAUGGAUUAAACCAAAUCUUUGUUGUAAUUAAUAGAAAGUUCGAGCCUGACAAAAUAGUAUAUGUAUAUGAUAUAUUAAGAAAUGUUCUUUUUGAUGAGAGAAUUACCGACUAUAUCACUUUUGUAAGAGUUCACUUUAAAAAUUUUGAAGAUAAGAAUAAAUAUGAAGAAGAUAUUCAAAACAUAAUUGAGGAGAAUAACGAGGAAAUUGUUAAAAUCAUUGAAUCAUGUGGUAAAAGAAUCAUUUAUGUAAAUAAUUCGUCCAAGAAACAAAAGCGUGAAAAAUCAAGAGAAAUUUUAUUAAAUCACUUAGAAAAUUGCCAAAAAGUAUACAAGUCAAAGGACCUGGACCAAAUAAAUAAAAAAAUAGAUAUGGAUGAGAUUGAAAAUUUACGAAAAAAAUUAAGGAAUAUAGAAGAAGAAUUAAGGAAAACGGAGAGAGAUAAUGAUUCGAAAGAGGUUCAAUCAAUAAAAGAUGAAAUAAAUAAGAUAGAAAAAACAUUACUUAAUACUAUUGGCGAAAGGAUAGCUGAAUUACUGAUAAGAAUUUCAGAUUGUAAAAUUAUGUAA